AUGCAUCAAUCUGCGGACUACAACCAUAUUUUCAAGUUCAACCUCAUCGGCGAAAGCGGUGCGGGCAAGACUUGCCUCCACACUCGCUUUCUGAGAGACAAAUUCCGUCAAUACUCCAGCACCAUCGGCAUUGAAUUUGGCAUCAGAACAAUUGAGAUGUGCGGCCAGCGCAUCAAGCUGCAAGUGUGGGACACGGCGGGCCAGGAACGUUUCCGCAGCAUCACGCGGGCGUACUACCGAGGGUCGCGCGGCCUGCUGGUGAUCUACGACAUCACCGCGCGAAGCUCGUGGGAGAAUGCCAAGUACUGGGUCGAAGAGGCGCGGCGAAGCCUGGUCGACCAUGUUGACAUGAUGCCCUUCAUCCUUGUUGGAACGAAGAACGACUUGGAGCAUCAGAGGCAAGUGUCGCCGGAGGAGGGCCAAGCGCUAGCCCUGGAGUUGGGCGCCGCCGGCUGGGCCAAAACCAGCAGCCUCACAGGAAGCGAAGUGGAGAGCACGUUCCUGCGCCUGACCGAGGCGGCUCUGCUGGGCGUGGACCCGUUCUCCAGCUACGGCGCGGGUCUCGAGUGCUGUACCCCGAGCGCGGAGGUGCUGCAGGCGCUCUACGACAAGUCGAGCACAGGCCGGGCGGAAAAGGAGCGGAUUGCAGCCUUGGCUCGGUCAAGCCAGUGCCUACUCCAGUAUUUUAUUUCUGUCAAAUAA